AUGGUCGCCCAGGAAGCCAUUGAAAGGCUAGCAAGAUCUUUUCGACAAAUGCGCAAUCCGUCAGAUCGGUGUACCCUCAAUCUUCCCCUAGAGAUAAUCUUGAUGAUUGCAACACAUCUCGACGCAUGCUCUCUGGUGUCCUUUGCGUUGACCUGUAAGAGUCUUCACAGUCUUUGGGAACCACUUACUUGCCACAUUUCUUACCACCAUACGCGCUUGGUCAUGAACCGGCACCUUUACGGCUCCAAUCACGGCUUGCCCCUUCGCGUACUCAAUCAACGAACCCGAUCCUCUCAUCACCCGAACGGAGUGGUAAUCUCGGUCACCCAGCAUGCACGCAUCUCCAAUGAUCACCUUCUGGUACUGUCGGCAAUAUCAUUAACUCAUUCGCGAGGUGAUUCGGUAUCCCUCAGAAGAUACAUCGGCGAUUUUGGUCACGCACUUUGCAGACAUGUCAGCAUUUGGCGAGAUUUGCCCGAUAGCUUCCCUAUACAGCUUCGCGAGCUGGCCAAAAGAACCGGACAAAGCCAAUUCCUAGCCUCUGGACCUGCAUUCGGAUCGUGUACUCUUUGUCCGACAGACUAUACUAUCACAAUAAAAUGGCAAGGUCCGAAAAAAGGGUUCAACAUCGAGGUUCUCGUUUAUCGCGGUCUGGGUGGUUGUCGCACGCCGUUCAGUUGGCAUUGGCGUACAAACACAUGGCUCUAUCCACGUGAAGAGCUCAGGUCAGUUUAUUCGCCAGAUUGCAGACCUGGAAGUAUCAGAGAGCAAUGGGACGAGGCUGCCGAUGUUGCAUAG